UUAUGAUAUCGUGCUGCUAUAAAAAUAAAGCCUCUUAUCGCUGUAUAAGUUUUCGACAUAAGACGGUAUUCUGAUAUAGCAGAUAUAGCUUACUUCAAAACGGCUGACAAGGUCGAAUAGCGAAUAAAUAAAUUGAAAUAGAGCCUACAUUUAUUUAUAUCACGCCUACGGUCACCACAUAGCCACAUGGGCGAACGUCAUGAACCUCGUUCUUAACUUUUUGAAGCAGGAAGUAUAGCGGUGCAAAGGUCUGCAUCCUACUCCACUACAACUAUAGCAGGGAUCAUCUGGCUGGGGCUGGGAGCAAAGAACAUAUCCAUGGCACACAUAGUGAUGUGGAGUAACGAGGUGGGGAGAGGGUCAACCAGUGGAUGACGGAGCAGAUUGUCCCGAGUCCGCGGUAACUGGAGAAAUCAGAGACCCUCGUAACAGUCAACCCCGCGCUGGAGACCUCCACGGAACACUGUGGUGCGCGUGUUUCUGAUCCAAGAGGUUAGCCCAGUGCGAUGAUUCUAGGUGACGUCGGGCGUCGAUAACCGAACUCGAAGCGCGACGAUGGCGACAGGUAAGCGACGUAGCAUCCACACGUCGUCCUCCGGGAACGCCGGUGCGUUCGGUUACACCAGCGGCGGUGGCCCGCGUUUGACCAGCCGGAUGAACUUCCGACCGAGCGGCGCGCAGCAAGAGGACCGCGGUGGUACCCGACCGACCGCGGCGCCGAGCUCGAUCGGCCUCAUCCUGGUCACCAUGCUGCUGCACGUGUGCAAGAAGUCGCUGCUCUUCGACACCCGGCUCAAGGUGGCCAUCUACUGCGGCACGAUAUUCAUCGUCUCCGUGAUCGCAGACUUCGUCGCGAUGCCACGCACCUACUUCUCCAGGUCUGACAACGCCCUGAAUCAGUACUUCGUCAAGUGGGGCUGGGGCUGGCUGCUGUCCGUGAUCGUGCCCUGGGUCGUCCUGACGGCGCACACGCUCGGCUGCGGCCGUCGGCCGAUCCUGCUGAGGCAUCUGGCCCGCAUCGUACUCGCCACUGUCGCCUGGCUUGUCUGGACGAAGCUGUUCAAUUACAUCGAGACUAAUUACGGCAGGUGUCUGGGCACCCGCGACAUCCAGAUGCAGUCCAAGGCCAGGUGCCUGCAGUCGGGUAGAUUCUGGAGCGGCCUCGACAUAUCCGGGCACACGUUUAUCUUGAUCUACUCGAGCCUGAUCCUCGCUGAGGAAGGCUCCUCUUUGCUGGGAUGGGAAGGUAUUAAGGACUUGAUAAUGCGGGAAGAACAUACACGGUCUGUGCCGAAUGAGACCAGCACCGGUCCACUGCGAAAUCUCUCCGACGACGACCUGGAGUUCCUGAAGAAGGCGCACCGAGCGCUCACGCCGUAUCUACGUGGCCUCUUUCUGGUGAUGACGGUGCAGCAGCUGCUGUGGGACGUUAUGCUAGUGUCAACGAUGCUCUACUAUCACAUCAUGAUUGAGAAAUUCUUGGGUGGCGUAGCCGCGGUCGUCACGUGGUACGUCACGUAUCACUGGUGGUACAAACUGCCGAAGAUCGGCCUCCCGGCACCCGGUGACGGCCUCUUCAAGUACAACGAGGUAAAGACGAAUCCGGUGCCAGGAAUCAGCGCCAGGGUGAGACGCAGCACGUUGAACGGCACCAAUCAGCCGAGGUUCAUGGGAAUGCCUAUUUUCAGAACGACGCAAGAGACCGCGGAACCAAACCCGUCGCCUAGACAAGUGGAUCUCGACAUGUCGAUGUCUGCUCCGAGGUUGUAAAAACGCGUCGCCCUCGACGAACUGAUCGCUUUCACGAUUCUUGUUCCCUUGGUACUUAAACAUUUGGCGAUUGAUAUUUAAAUAAGUAUCCGGAUAUAGGGUUCCCUUAUGUCUGAGUACAAAGGUCGAUUUGAAUGUAAGAAUAGUAUAAAAUAUAAUUUCGUCUGAAGGAUGCCUUCCUUCGGUUUCCUAUACGUAAGCAAAGAAUUUCAAAUGCACACUCGCAUGUGCAUUAGGAUAUCCUUGAUAAGUUAUUUAUAAUUGUAGAAUAAUAAACAGGAAUAUGCGUCUGUUUUUUCGGUUGUUGGAUUGUUGUUAAGAAGAACAAAGAUUUUUAUUUGUUUAGGGUUUAAAGUCAGUGUCUUCGGUAACACUCUUCUGAAUUUUGUUUUGUAACUUAUAUUUAAUAAAGUCUGUUGUUAACAAAG